AUGAAGAUAUCUAUUUUACUUCUCUCCACAUUUAUCGUUUUUGUUUCCGCUCAAGGAUCCGACAGUCAUUCCGAUUCAAAUCAUUCUGAAGAGGAUGAGACUAGAAGGGUAGGCUUCUAUGCCACUGCGUUUACACCCUAUUAUAGUCAACUUCCAGGGUUAUCAUCGUGGCUAUCAUCAUAUUCGUCUCUUAUUGGCCAGAAUCCAAUCAACAACCAACAGGUUAAUUCUCUUUACCAGGACGCCAUCUACACAAGCUGGAAAGCCGAAUGGGAUAGUCUGUUAACUGCAGAUUCAAGUGCUGGUGGUGUUACCAGUGCCGUAAUCGGAGGAGCGUCUGCAGAUUCAAUUGCCCCACAAACCACUACUUCGGAUACUCAAGGCGGUAGUUCAACUGAAACAGGCACUACAACACCAACGUCCACUGUAAGUACUGACGCAAGUAGCAGUGGCAGCGCUAAUUCCAAUGUCGCCAGUAGUAGUGUUGGUUUAACUUUAAGUUCCACAUCAUCUGGUUCUGGGACUGCGAAAUUUGCACCCAUUGGUUUGGUUCUUGGCACACUUCUUUUAACACUCUUUAACUAA